GGGACCUGGUACAGUCAGAGAAUCUCCUAGUUGGGCUUCCUUCUUGGGUACUGGGACCCUCCAAGGCCAUUGUGGUCUGCCGUAUGGUCCCUGUGCCAGGAGUUUCAGCGUCAUGGCCUGGGAUCCAGAGAGAAGUGUGGAUUCCUCCCUCUCCUUGACUGGCCCAGGGUUCCUAGCCUGAGAACCUUGAGCUAGAGCUUGCUUUUGGCCCAGGAAUUCCCCAGAGUACUGCCUCUUUGGAAAGGUGUGGGGAGCUGUGCUGGGAACCCCACCCGGUCUGGCUCUGCACUCCUGCAUGGGAUCCAAGUGGGGAAAGGAAGGCUCCAUGCCCCAGAGGCAUUCCUGGCAGCCUGCUGUGCAGGGAGUUACCUAUGGGGGGGGGGGGUUUCUCAUGUUUCCAGCCCUAGAGGGGAGGCGGAGGCCUGAUGAGAUCUCUACAGAGCUGGAAAGUACCUUUCAGGAGCCUUCUGCAGCCCUCACAGACCAAGGGUUCCAAGCAAGGAAGUGCAUGUCUUUGGGAGGUGACACUACCAUUGCAACAAGCCUGCAGCCCUGAGGGGUUGUACUGCAGAUGCUGAUGGGGAGGACAGAUUCUGAGGCACCCCACUCCUCAGAGUCUCACUGAGGCCCCUGACCCACCCAUUGCAGACCUGAAAUGUCCUGGGACUCCUGGUACCCAUGGUACCAGGCAGGGGCUGCAGAGUCACACCAGACUGGGCACCAAGAGCUGGACAGACUGGAAGAGCUGACAUUUCUUUGGGGAGCUGAAGUGCACCCUACAUUUUGUCUCUAACAGUUAUUAUGAUAUAAGAGUUCUGCAAUGUCAGAACAAUCAUUUUCCAGGCAAAGAAAGGAGACUCUUGGAGCUGGAGUCUGUAGUCCUAGGUCAUCUUGGAGUUAGUGUGGCUCUGAAGUAGGAGCACCCCAGUGCUGUCCAGCAGUGCUGUCAUCAGCCUCAAGGGUCAAAUCUCAUGAGGUCACUGCUGAGUAUCACUGAACUGAGCUGUCACUCUGUUGCCAAGCUGAGCUGCGCCUGGGUUCGCCCUCCCAGACUCUGUCUACAAGGGCUCCUUUCCUCUUCCAGAGUUGGCAGAGGAUGGAGGGGGAAGUCUGUGCAUGUACCAAUGGGAUCCUUCUCUCCUUUUCCUAUGGGAGAGAAGGAGGCACCAGACACCCUCUCUGUAACACUGUUUUGGGGAUAGUCUGCUUGUCCUACAGUGAGGAGGAAGGGGCUCUGAUCAUUGAGGGCCUUCUCAACAUCGCCUGGGGGCUCCGCCGGCCUAUCCGUCUCCAGAUGCAAGAUGACCGGGAGCCCACACACCUCCCUUCUUCCCUGUGGCAGCCUGCACGGCACAGUUGCCCUCCGAAGGAGCCCCCUCCUCAAGACUGCAGAGCUGCUACUCAGGAACCGAGUGCUCAGGCCGUGCACCAGGAUGCUGGCUCCAGGGACAGCUCAGGGACCCCAGAGGACACUGAGGAGGUCCCCCAGCUGAUGCGGACCAAGAGUGAUGCCAGCUGCAUGAUCCAGAGGCGACCCAAGCGCCAUGCACCUGGCGAGGCCCAGAGGAUCCGGCGCCACCGGUUUUCUAUCAAUGGGCACUUCUACAACCACAAGACCUCGGUGUUCACUCCUGCCUAUGGGUCUGUGACCAACGUGAGGGUCAACAGCACCAUGACCACGCUGCAGGUACUCACCCUCCUGCUCAACAAGUUCAGGGUGGAAGACGGCCCUGGGGAGUUUGCGCUCUAUGUGGUCCACGAGUCUGGGGAGCGGACAAAGCUUAAGGACUGUGAGUACCCACUGAUCUCCAGGAUCCUGCAUGGGCCCUGUGAGAAGAUUGUCAAGAUCUUCCUGAUGGAGGCAGACCUGGGAGAGGAAGUUCCCCAUGACGUCGCUCAAUAUAUUAAGUUUGAAAUGCCUGUAUUGGACAGUUUUGUUGAAAAAUUAAAAGAAGAAGAGGAAAGAGAAAUCAUCAAACUGACCAUGAAGUUUCAAGCCCUGCGUCUCACAAUGCUAGAGCGCCUGGCACAGCUGGUGGAGGUCGAAUAGACACUGCGGCUGCCUCUUCUGUCCCCUUCCCCCAGCUACAAGUGCCAUAAAACUCAAUGGCUGUGCUGACCAGCCACACUGACUACACCACUGCCUGAGGAAUCCAGCACCCAUGCUUCUAAUGCACCAAAGCCCAUGUACAGAGAACUUUGCUUUCCUGGAAUCUGUGAGGGACAGAUUAAGGCCCUCAGAGCCAGAAGUCUUUUAGCCUGAGUCUACAGAGUGGCUGCCUGGAUGAUGAGUGCCCCUGAAGCUGUGGCACCAGCCUCAUCCUCUGGCUGAGCAUUGCCAGUCCCAUGUGUGCCACACACCUGCUCGGGCAGCACACAAUGCAGGCCACCAGCACUGCCUUCAUCACCCAGGAGCCAUGACAGCCUUGUCCAUCCCUAUGUUCUGCUGCCAUUCAGCUCUGCUGCAGAAAACCAUGUUCCAUUCCUCUUCUCCAUGAUGAUCCAGGCCUCCAAGCCACAGCCCUGCACCCCAGUGCAGAAGUCAGGUUACCAGAAAGACCACAGGUCCCUUCUCUGUACAGUCUUUGUGCUCAGUGAGUCCCAAAAGCAAUUGUGACUGGAGCUCACUGAGAGUACUGUCAACUUGAUCCAUGGAGACACAUGGCAGCGGUGCCAGCUCAGCUCUGGAUGGCAGGGCUUACACUGUCACGCAGUCCCAGGGGUAUCUGUGCACCUCUGGUCCACUGGGCAGUGACUCAGUUCUCCCCAUCAGAGUGCAGUAACGAGAACAAAGGCCCAUUUGGAGAGAGAGGGCUUUAAAUUCCUGGGGGCCAGACACUGAAUAAUGUAUUUAUUAACUGGUGGAGAAUUCUGGAAUGAAUGAGGAAGGCUUUAAAAAACCCUACAGCAGUUUAUGUCAGCUGCACAGGUGUUUGUCUAAAACUGCAAAUUGAAGUCCCCCAGCUUUUCUUUCCUUGGGGUGUAUGGGUGACAUAUCCAUAGGGAAGAACUAUGAAGGCUGGAGAGAUGGAAGAGAUUGUGUGUCAGUGCUGCAGUAGCCCCACACAGACUCUGGACAGGGCAUAGCUGGGGAGCACUUCAUUGUGUGGAGCCCCUAAGGUGAGUUGGGGGUGCCAGGGCUCCCCAGACCAACUCUGUGGUCAGAGGUGGCUGCCAGGGAGGGCAGUGCACUUUUGCUCCUCUGCUCUGACAUUGUAGCUUUGUAGGGCUAAAUAAAAUUAGCUGUUCUGAGCUGUGGACAUGAAGAGGACUGGGAUUUUUUCAUCUUUGCUGCUCAGUGUGUCCACUGUGGCUUUUGGAAGCUCUUAUCCCAUAGCAUGUAUGGCCACAGUUGACACUGACAAGACUCCUUGCUUCCAGUGUGGCCUGAGAUUGGACCAGUGUGGCCUGAGAUACAGAGGAGGAUGCACUGGUGGGGCCUGCAGGUGGCGGACCACCAGGGCUCCCCUGAACUGCAGGCUCUGAGCACUCCUAGCAGUUCAGGACCUUCCAUGUAGGGACACAAGGGAGGGUGGGAUCAUAUCAGGCACGGGUUCUGGGGAAGUUGACUCUGAGCCUGUGCAAAUUGACUAUGGGCCUGUGGCUCAGUUCUGGAACAACUUCUGUGCCCUGUUGAGUAGUAAUGGAGUAGUGGCUUUGUGUUUGACCCCAAGGGACAGAGAUGGAGCCCCAGUUGGCCCUGUCCUUGGGAGCAACAGGCCAGACAGCAGGAGAGCUGGAAGAAGGCCGAGGCUGCCUGGCACUUGCCUGGCAGGGCCUUUGGUGUGGCAGGCCAAGUCCAUGCCUACCUAGGCACCCUGACCCUGGGCUCUGGAAGUCAUCAUAGCAGGAAAACCCCUGCUUGCACAAACCUCAUUUGUUGGUGUAUAUUUUUUUGCAACUGUUCAAGUAUAAUUUAUGGACUUUUUAGAUGAGGCUAAAUCUAAAUUUCAAGGCUAAUUUCUGAAUAUCAUGGCUAGGAAAAGUCUCAACAAGUUGCACAGAAAAGGGAAAAAUGUCUUCUGUAGUGCUUGCAGGGGUUUGCAAGGCUUUUGAUCAGAGGCCCUCAGGAAAGCCAGGUUGACCCAUAUGAGGCCAUCAGACAGAGCUGCAGUUUCGGCUGCUUGGGGCACUGCUUUGUCUAGUUCAGUUCAUGGCAUGGCCCCACAUACUCCUCAUGCUUUACAUAAUCCUGGUAUCCAGUGUAAAGCAAAGAUCCCUGUUCCUGUCAGAAAGUGCAGUCUUCUAAGUUGCACCAUCCUCUGAGUCAGCCUAGGGGAACUUUCAGGAAGAUAAACAUCACUAGAUAGGAUGAACAUGAUUGCAAAAGGACUGAACUCAGGAAAAACAGUGUUGUUUGUUCAGAGCAAAUGACCAGAGGAAUCAAAAACAGCUUGUUUUUCUGCAGCAGUGACCUUACUCUGCCUACUUGGAGUGUUUACCAGAAAAUGGGCUAAAAACCUCUCACCAUUAAAACAAAGCCAUGUACCAGGGACACAUCUGGCCCCUGAGCUCCCAGGAAAAAGGCCAAGGCUGACACAGCCUGGUUAGGUGACUGGUGGAGAGACUGGAGAUGCCAGACAUGGCUGUGAAUGGGGGCUCAAGUGCCCACAGUUGCAGAGGGACAUCCUGGUCAGGUGCAGAGGUGAACGGCAGCCCCCUGGCCUCAGGCCCUUGGCAGUAACCAUUCAGGAAGCCAGGUCAAAGCCUAGCAGCUCUAAGUACAAAAACAGCAGCUGCACGAGCUAUAUUUAGGCUGCACGCUGUGGUUGGGAGGGAGCCAGUUAUGGACGUGCAGAGAGGCCACAACAUGCAGCAGGCAUGGAUCAUCCUCCUGGGGCAGUCACAGGGAUGGUUUCUACAGGAGUAGGAAUUCUUUUCACUGAGACCGCAGAAGAAGCAAAGCAAAGUCUCACAUACAAGGUAGAGCCUUGCUCGGGGCCCCUGAGCUGAGAGGUCCACUUUGGAGAGAAGAACCAUGCUAGUCACUGCAUCAGGUCAUGGAGCCCGCUUGGUUGCUCUUCGGCUGCUGAUCAGCACUGACAACACAGACCCAGGCAGCAGCCUUCCCGCUGAGACGAUGCUUGUGAAACGGAAAGUACAGAAAUAUGUGCAGAAGAGCAUGCACAGGGAAGGGUGCAGGGACAAGACCAUGAGAGAAGGGAGCUGUUUAGCCAGGCACUUCCUGUGCACCUAGCCCAGUGGGUGCUCUUUCCUAGUGGGAACCUGUCCAAUAGCACUGCACUAGGGGCAACAUGGUCCCAGCUCCACAGAGAAGCCUUGGCCAUGGAGGUGUCCUCGCCCUCUCAGCAUAUCUUACCUGAAAACACUCGAGCCAGCCCUAGAGAUAUACAGACCAGAGACCAGGUGAUGCAGUUAGGACCCCUAACUGUGUGUCCUCCACUCUUUCCAUUCCUAAAUUUCGGAUGUGACUGCUCCUGAUUGUUUAAUUUGUUCUAAAAUAGCAUGGAAUUUCUAACUCUCUAGCUUCUCUAUUGAUAAAAGUAUGUAACUUUUGAUGGUGUUUCAGAAAAAAGCUAGGUCCUAGUGGGUGAGGACCAGCCGCCAGAGGGAAAAGGUGCUGUGAGACCAGACAAAAAGACAGCCCUAGGAUAGCAAUUUAUGAGGGACUGUGGACAGAAGUAUGGCUUGGGUGACAGCAAGAUAGAGGCUCCUGCACCCUGCGGCAGAAGAAAGGUGGCUGUUUACACACUGAGCUAGACAAAGGUGGGCCCAGACUAGCAGGGAGGUGCCAGGCCUCCCUCAAAGAUUCAGCAUGACCAAGGUCAGUCAGGAAACCAUCCAGUCACCAGUGACCAAGGCAACAUGCUAAGCUGAUUCUCUUAACAACUUUGCUUUCCUGUAGGGUUUGGGAUGUGAGCUGAGGUUACCUGGAGGGCACACUAGCAGUCCCAAUCAGGAUAGCUGGAGUCAUGUAAGUGGGAGCCAGGUUAUCGGCCUCUGUUUCUUCAUCAAUAAAAUGGAGAUAAUGCUUCCUAUCUCUCCAGGUAACUGGGUGGCACAUCAACCUUUCUAUGAAAGCAUUUUCCUCUUGUGCUUGCUGUAGGGGACUGUGAUGGCACAGAUAGGUUUGGGUGGCUCUGUCCCUUGUAUCGCAGGCUGCAGGAGCCACCCCUCCUUGGCCCACCCUAGCCAGGUUGCAAAGGGAAAGAUCACAGAGCUGGUAGAGAUGGACCAAAGAUCCCCUUGGGCUUGAGGUGCCUCACAUCCACGCACAUGCACACCAGUCACAUGGUGAAGACUACAUGGGUGGUAUGGGCAGGUCAUGAGGAGGAAGUGAGGGUCACCUGCAAGAGGCAGGAAUGUGGGGCCAGGGCUGUGGCCAGGCAGGGCAGCCACACCUGGGAGUGCUUGAUGAGGCUCUGUGAGUGCUUCAAACAGGCAUCCAGGGAGUGGGGAGCGGAAGCGGAGCGCUGAGCAUUGUGUCAAGGUCAACUGUUGCAGCAGUUAAUAAGUAACUUGAGGGCAUAAAUCCUGCCUGUUUAUUCCUUUUCUGUUUCCCUCUGACUCCUCAUUCUAUUCUGCCCCUGGCCUCUCUCCAUCCUCACCUCUGCCCCUGCCUACCACUCACUCCCUGUUACUUCCUCCUGGUUUUUAUGUGUCUCCUUUUAAAAGUCUACCUGGUCUCCAAACUGUACAUAUCUGGGGUUGGCCCAAUUGUCUUCAGGCAUGAGACAAAAGGACACGAUGGGGUAUAGAAAGGGUGAGUUUUAAUUCAUUACUAUCUUACUAUGAUAUGUUUCAGAAAAAAUGUUUAUUAUUUUCAUAUACACAGAGAAAACAGUCCCAGCAGAUCAUUUUUGUUCUUGAAACCUGGAAAAACCAUCACUGGCAUCUCUCAUUCUUGCCCACCACCACCAGCCCCUCCAACCAUCAACACCAACAUAUUGUGAUAAUUUAGUAAUAAAAACCCUAAUAGCUUCCA